CUAAUUUUUCGAGUCCUGCAAACAUUUCCACUCCAAUAAUGCAAGCAGGCUCCAACUUGUGGUCCUGCUGGCUGCUGCCACUCCUCAUCUCUUUCUUCAGCUCGCGAGAUUGCAAGAGCAGUACCACUCCUUCUUCCCACCGUAGGAGAAGACUUCUUCUUCCCCGUCCAGCUUGCAGCAGCAGCUCUUCUCUCCCCGUCGGCCGCCGCCACUCCGCCAUCUGAUCCCCACCGUCGCUUCCUUUGCUCUCGCUCUGCAUCCCCUUCUUUCUCGGUCUCCGCUCGGUCCUCUCUCCAUCGGCAUCGGCGAUCUAUUCUAGGGUUCAGCUUCUCGGUCUCCCCUUGCUCCUGCAACUGUAGACCCAGGAAGGAAGCCAUGGCGGUUGUUCUUGAUGCUUUGGCAGCCUGUGUGAUAGAAAAGAUCACGAACAUCGGAGAAGAGAAGAUCCGCAUGCUGCUAGGCGUCUCCCAGGAGAUCAACAAGCUGCGAGGCAACGUGGAGCCCCUCCAAAACCUCCUCACCGAUGCCGAGAGGAGGCGCAUCACUGACAAGAACUUGCAGGCAUGGGUGACCAAGCUCAAGAGCGCCAUGUACGAGGCCGAUGACAUCCUUGAUCUCUGCCAGCUCGAGGCCAUGGAGCGAGAGGAGAAGGAGCACCCCAUCGGUGGGGGUGCCUCCCGCUGUUUAUCCCUCCGGGAGAAGCUGCCAUUUGUGGGGUGCCUCCAGCCGUUCCUGUUCUGCGUGAAGAACCCUGGAUUCGCCAAUGAGGUAGGCGGCCGCAUCAAGAAGCUAAAUGAUGAGCUGGCCACCAUCCGCAUGGGCGUCGCUGACUUCAACUUCAUUGAACUUGGCUCCUACGAGCAACGGAGGAGGCCGCCGGCCAGUUUGGCUUCCCACCCCAGGCGCGAGAAUGCACAGUUUGUCCAAUCAGAUCUUGUGGGGGAUCAGAUCAAGAAGAAUACAGAGGAACUGGAGCAUAGGCUCAUCGCCGACAGUCGCCACGAGCAUGGUAGCACCGUCAUCAAGGUGGUGGCCAUAGUUGGCCAGGGCGGUAUAGGGAAGAGCACCCUCGCCAAGAAGGUCUUCGCAAGUGAGGCCAUCAAGAAGGAGUUCAAAACAAAGAUCUGGCUGAGCGUCACUCAACAGUUCACCAAGGUGGAGCUACUAAGAACUGCCAUCUCCCAUGCCGGGGGGGUGCAUGGUGAUGAGAAGGACGAGACAAUCCUUGUGAACGCCCUCACCGACACCCUAUCAAAAAACAAGUUUCUGUUGGUCAUGGAUGAUGUGUGGAACCAAGAAGCAUGGGGCAAUGUGCUUCGAACCCCGGUUCUUAACGCCAAUGCUACACAACCAGGAAGCCGAGUCUUGGUUACCUCAAGAAAGGAUGAUGUUGUUAGGAGCAUGGGAGCUUCCAUCGUGCGUGUCAACAGGCUAAACGAUGAAGAUGCUUGGUGCUUGCUAAAGAAACAGCUGCCGCAGCCACAGGUCGGUGUUGGAAGUGAUUUUGAUGAGCUGAAAGAUAUUGGGAUGAAGAUUAUACAAAAAUGUGAUGGGUUACCACUUGCUAUUAAAGUUAUGGGUGGACUCUUAAGCACAAGAGAUCCUAAGGAACGCGACUGGGAAAUUGUUUUACAUAAGAAUCUUGGUUGGGAAGAAGAAGACGGGGAACAAGAGGAACUAAACUACUCAGUAAGCUUGAGCUACGAUGAUUUAUCUGUAGAGUUGAAGCAAUGCUUUCUGUACUACUCACUUUUGCCAAAGGAUUCGCGUUUUACAAGUCAAAGAAUUGCUAGCAUGUGGAUUUGUGAAGGGUUUGUUCAGCAUGAUGGGAGGUCAAAUUUAGAACAAGUCGAUCUAGAACAAAUAGGGGCUGAUUAUCAUCGGGAGUUGGUGGCUAGGAAUCUUUUGGAGCUCAAUUAUUCAAAUAAUAACAUAUGGCAGUACACCUUGCAUGAUGUUAUCCGCUCGUUUGCUCAAUUUAUGGCUAAAGAAGAAGCGUUCGUGGUUCACAAGGAUCAAGUUGACAUUAGAAAUCUUCUUCCAAAAAACAAUUCUAUUUGCCGUCUCUCGAUAAAAUCUACUCAUUCAGAACUAGAGUGGACCAUCCUAGAGAAGCAAGAAAGAUUGAGGACAUUAUUAUUGAUAGGCUGUAAGAUCAAACCUGGUGUCUCAUUGGAGAAUUUUGCUAGGCUACGGGUAUUGGAUAUAAGCUCCAAGGAAUCUGAUUGGUUAGUGGACUCUGUGUGUGAGCUAAGGCACCUAAGAUAUCUGUCAUUCUCCAAUACAAAUAUAUCUAGGCUUCCCGGUGACAUCCAUAAGAUGAGGUUCCUUCAACACAUUCAUCUCCAGAGCUGUACAAAGUUGGAAAAGCUCCCUGACAACAUCACAAAACUAGCGUGUUUAAGAUAUCUUAACUUAUGUGGGUCCAAUGUAGAUGUUAUGCCAAGAGGGUUUGGUGGUCUAACAGAUUUGAGAUCCCUUCAUGGAUUUCCAGUGAAGAUGGAUGGGGACUGGUGCACUUUGGAAGAGUUGGAGGCUCUGUCACAUCUUAGAAAUCUUUCAGUCCAAGGUCUAGAGAAUGUGUCUAGUAGUUCAGUUGCAAAAAGGGCCAAGAUUAGCAACAAGAAGAGGCUGGAAUAUUUGGAUUUAAAGUGCUACAAGUACAACCAUUAUGAAGUGCGCCAAAUUGAGGUGGAGCAACAAGAGAUAAUAGAGGCUGUAUUUGAUGAGUUGUGCCCUUCACCUGCUAGAUUGGAGACACUAUUGAUACGAAGAUAUUUCGGUCGUCGACUACCAAAUUGGCUGCAGUCCCCAGUGGCAACAACCUUUAAAAGCUUGAAGGAUAUUACACUAGGGCACAUAACACACAGCACCCAACUACCCGAUGGUUUGUGCAGGAUACACGGUUUGGAAACACUACGUAUCUUGUAUGCUCCAGCCAUCGAGCAUGUCGGGCCUGACUUCCAGACCCAUGAUGGAGAUGGAGGUGCUGCAUUCCCAAAUCUGACAAGAUUGGAGCUGGGAGCCCUGUCCGAAUGGAAGGAGUGGGACUGGGAGGAGGAGGAGGAGCAGAGCAAAGUCAUAGCCAUGCCCGCUCUGGAGCAUCUCGUACUCAGGAACUGCAAGCUGACACACCUUCCUCCAGGACUUGCUAGUGACCGCAGGUACAAUCUGAGAACCAUGCGCCUACAGGAUCUCACGCUCCUAGAAUAUGUGGAGAACUUCCCUUCAGUUGUGGAGCUCAGAGUGUACGACUGCCCUGAGCUCAAGAGGAUGAGCGGCCUCUCCAAGCUGCGGACGGUCGACAUCUGCGAUUGCCCAAAGCUGGAGCUGCUGGAGGGCGUCCUGGCGCUGGACAGUAUGGAGUUGGAUUGCGAACACUGGGAGGUUACUGGACCAGAUGCCAGGUGCACCCCCAAGGCCAAGGGAUAUCAACAAGCUGAAGACGAACUGCCGCGUGAGCUCCCACAAGAUCUUGUUAUAACGAGGAUGAACUCGCUCAAGAGAUGACCACUUUCACCUGUAAUAAAUCUAUGCUCAAGUAAGAAUGUAAUAAGAGAGUAGUGUAAUAUGUAUUACUAGUAUGUCCCUUCCCCUUACUCUGUACAUCACCUGGAAUGGAUCAAAUAUAUACUCUUGUUCAGUUUA